AUGUCAACAUCAGAGAACACAACAACUGCUAUCGUUCAUGAAGCUAUAAAUGAAGAAUACGAGUACAUACAGUUUAACAAACAGUUACGUCUCAUUCGUUCGGUCAAAGACGAUAUGUACCAAAUGCAAAGUAUUUUGACAGCAUGUUUUGCUCCAGAUACUAAGAAACCACAAGAUUGGUUUAGGAACCAAAGCACACAAGAACUUUUGAGUGAAAUUUCUCUAGACCGAGAAAAACCGGUCUUGCCUAAAACACAUGAAAAUCGUGAAAAAUUGCCAAACGGUUUGAGAGGAUAUUAUGUACAUAGACUUCUUGUAAAUAAUGUGGCACAAUGGGCUUCAGCUCGCUAUUCAUGGUAUGUUUGUAAACUUCUUGACGAAAUUCAUAGACAAGAACGUGAAGAGCUAGAGAACAAGCUUGAAGCAAAAGACAAAAACAUACAGAAAAGAAUACCACGUUCGGUACCAAAAGGAAAGGAAAAGAACUAUAAGUAUAUGAUUUAUACUGAAGAGAUGGAAAAUGAAGAAGACAGAGAUAUGGUUAUGUUGCAUUUAGUCAGAAGAAACAACAAAAGCUUUUACGACCUUGCUAAGAUUUACAAAUCUGACAGAAAUUGGUUCUAUCGCGAAAACUUACCGAUUUCAAUGACACCUAAUGAAGAUGUGAAACAAAUAGUUCAAGAUACGUUACCUCAAACACACUAUGAUAUUAAAGGUUGUACAAUACUUACAUUCAAAGAAGAUUUGCCGCUACUGAAAGAAAAAAUAACAGAGUAUUUUGACAACUUCAAACAAGCAGAGUAG